AUGAGGAUUGCUGCUAGAGUCCGUGUGUUAGUUAUUGGUGUCAUAGUUUAUAUUCUUGUGUACAUGUCAUUUAUUAAGUCAGAAGAUCCAGAGAUUUUCAUUAUCCUGUGGAAUUAUUGCAAUAUACUUCCAAUUUCAGCCAUAGAAAUCAAAAAUCAAAAAGUCAGAGAGGCUGUUGUGGAACAUAAAAUUACAAAUAAAACGGAGGUUAAGAAGUACCCAAAAUCACUUCUCUUUAAAUCAUGGGGAACUGAACUCACAGAAGAGGAACAGAUGGAAGCAGAGAGGUUUCAACAGUUCGGAUACAAUGUGUUCCUCAGUAACAGAUUACCACUGAACAGAACAAUCCCUGAUACUCGAGACAUCAGAUGUGCUACAAAGAGCUACCCCAAGGACCUGCCAACCAUUAGUGUGAUUCUGAUCUAUUUUAAUGAAGCUCUGUCAGUCAUUAAAAGGGCAAUCCACAGCAUCACUGACAAAACUCCUGCUCAUCUGCUAAAGGAGAUCAUCCUGGUGGACGACUACAGCUCGUUUGAGGAUCUGCAACUGGCUCUAGAUGAAUACAUUGAUCUAUUUAAUAAAGACAACCCUGGCCUAAUCAAGAAAGUGAGACACAAAAGGCAUAUGGGCCUUGCCAAGGCAAGAGUCUCAGGCUGGGAAGAGGCCACAGGUCAGGUGGUAGCCAUUCUGGAUGCACACAUUGAAGUUCAUAAGGAAUGGGCAGAGCCACUACUUGCAAGAAUCAAAGCAGACAGGACAGUAGUGCUGUCACCGGUGUUUGACAAAGUGCUUUUUGACACACUGGAGGUUAAGAAGUAUAACGCUCGUGCUCAUGCGUUUGACUGGAACCUCUGGUGCAUGUAUGAGUCCUUUCGGCCAGAAUGGUACAAAAACAAAGACCCAUCAGAACCAGGGAAGAGUCCCUCAGUCAUGGGUAUCCUUGUUGCUGAACGUCAAUUCCUGGGAGAAAUUGGAGUUUUGGAUGAAGGAAUGACAAUUUAUGGGGGUGAAAAUGUUGAAUUAGGAAUACGUGUCUGGCUCUGUGGUGGGAGUAUUGAAGUGGUGCCGUGUUCAAAGAUCGCACACAUCGAAAGAGCACAUAAGCCCUAUUCACCAGAUCUCAGGAAACCCAUGAUUCGAAACGCCCUGAGAGUGGCUGAAAUCUGGCUGGAUGAAUAUAAAUCAAAUGUGAAUAUUGCCUGGAAUCUCCCUCUAAAGAAUCAUGGGCUUGAUAUCGGUGAUGUGAGUGAAAGAAAACAAUUACGAAAUAAACUCAAAUGUAAGCCCUUCAAAUGGUAUCUGGAAAAUGUAUAUCCUCUCCUAGACACCUGGAAAGACAUAAUUGGUUAUGGUGCGCUGAAUAAUGACCUUAAAGAAAAAUUCUGCGUUGAUCAAGGACCUGUUCCUGGAAGUGUACCUAUUCUUUAUGGGUGUCAUUACUAUAAACCUCAGCAUUGUUAUUACAACCGUAAUGGAGAGAUCUACAUUGGAGGCAUCAAAUCUCACACGUAUAACUCUAACCGUUGUCUAAUGGAUCCUGGCAGUGGAAAGACACCAGCGUUGCACGACUGUAAAAAUGCCAAGGUGAAAGGAUUGAGUAUAUACUGGGACUUUUCUCAGGGAAAUGCAAUAAAAAACAGAAACACAAAUCGAUGUCUUGAGAUCAGCCAAGGAGAGGACUCCUACUAUCAUCUGAUUUUGCAAACAUGCACAGGACAAAAAUGGACAAUACAACAUGUCAUCAAAGACUUUUAAAAGGAAAUUUCACAGAAGUGUAAACAUUGUAAAGGACGUAGAUGUAUUAAAUGUGUGUACUGGAUACAUAUGACUGUGUUCUUGUUUUUGAAUAAAUGUUGUUACAAUUUUGAAUAAACUGCUAGUUUAACCUGAUACAGGUGACAGGGUUAAUUACAUCAAAUCAUAUCUUUGAGUGUUAUAUUGCUACUGAGGUCUGUGUCCUGUGACAGAUUACAUAAUCACGU